UCUAUGGAAGCCACCAUGUCGAUGUCCGGACACUCAGAGAUUUGACGGCCAGCAAAAUCCCAAAGCUGCACUAAUCUAGCUAGAUAAUUUACCGACCACAGCUUCAAACAUCUCAAGUUUAUUAAUGUUAAUUUCAGCGUUAUUACCGGAGAGGACGCCGACAAUGAACCGUUUUAACUCCGCCGUCCCGGAUGAGGAGUACCUCGCGGACAGUAACGUGUUGUUCUACCUGAGUGAUGCGGUGACUCAGCUGCUGGAGCAUAAAGAGGAGUACACGCAGUUUGGGGUGAUCCGCUACUUUGCUGAAUACUUCAGCAGCGUGAAGAACAGUAACCACGUGCUCUUCAGAGAGUAUAACUACAUCAGAGCCACUCCUCAUAACAGAGCCUCCUUCAUCAGAGUCUUCUGGAGAUGCUACCGACAGAUCGGCAAGAGCGGAGAUUUGCUGUCCAUGCUGGAGUACAGGUCUCUGCUGCAGCUGCUGUGUCCAGACUUCCCUCUGGAGCUGGUGCAGAGUGCAGCCAG